AUGGAGAUCAAGUCUUCGGCGUCCCCAACAAGACAGCGAGUCCAUCAAAACAAUCAAGAGUCUUCUGCAUCUUUAGAUCAGAGAACGGAUGAACGAAGCUCUUUGGCAGCCUUCUUCCUCAACGAUGAAGACCAAUGCAGAUUCUAUGGUUUCUUGAAGAUCAUAGAGACAGGCGUUCCGUGCUGCUGUCAGAUAGACAACCUCGGGUAUUUCCGGUUGUUCGAUGGGACAGAAUUCCACGAGUUGUACCUUCCGAACAUGAAGAUCACUGCGAUGGACGACUUGUACUUGAGCAUGGACUUCCUGCAUGCCAGAGAGGUGUCCCGCUCGAGACCUUUUCAGUUUGAAGCGCGAUGCCAUGAAGUGCGGGAGAAAUGGAUGAGCGCCCUAGCGGACUCAGGAGCAGUCAUCGGGGCGAGCACAGUAGGAUUCGCAGCGCGCAGACACGGCAAGGCUCUUCCUGACAAGGAGAAGCACGGAGACAACGCUUCUCCUCAGCGACCUUCACGUCCUCUGAGGCAGCAGAGGGCAGGAGCAGGUGGCAAUUCCACAGCAAAGAAGGCUGCCGGGUACAGCAAGGACAAGGAGACGAACGCAGCCCAGCAAGCGAGCAAGAGAUCAGAUUCCAAGACGAGCCUGAGAGACGCUGAGUCCGACUACCCAAUGGGGCUCAUAAGGAAAACACCCGUAGCUUUCAUCCAGUUCCAGGGGAAGAGGCAUCAGGACGCCAGGGACUCAACCGAGUGGGUGAGCGAGGCAGCCAGGUCAUCCACUCCCUCAAUGGACGAGCUCUUUGUCAUCCCCAGGUUUCCUCCCUCUCCCGUACUGCUGCGAGUCCGCCACAGGAACGUCAGGACCUCGGUGUAUAAGAACGUUAUGGGGAAUGUUGGGAACGGCCGAGCACAAGGGUUAGGUUCACAUCGCGAGGAAAAGGGAGUAGCACUUAAGGAUCAGAUCGAUGCCUUUCAGAAGGCUGCUAACAGCGGCAUCCUCCAUGGUAGCACUGCUCUAAGCAGCAGCGAAGAGAGAAGUGCGGCAGAAGAAGGAUCCUUUCAACUGAGAACUCCUUCUUUACUGUCUUAUCCGGCAGAGUUGGAUGCAAGAGUAGAGGCUACGAGCUUUUCAAAGACACCGACUUUGGCAAAGAAGGGAGGAGCUAAGGAGACGGGCUCGAAAGCAAAGGAGCAGGAGCUUUCGCCGUGGACAAAUGAGUUGAGUCCUCGUUCACCGACCUAG